UUCGUGCUACAGGGGUUGUUGGACGCCGUGGGCUUCAGAGCAGAAAUAAGAGAAAAGUAAAGGAAUGAGGGUGGGGGGAGCCACAUGUACAAAAUUACAAGCAGUUCAUUAGUUCUCAUUGUAACUCUUCCCUGAGUAUUGCCAACAAUCCACAGGAUGAGUAUAGCGGCCCCUCAGUGGUAUGUCCUGCUUCUAGCCUGACAGUAUGUCACUCGCAUAUCAGAGGCAUUCUCCUUUGGGAUUCAUCUCAGCUUUUCCAUGUUGGCCUCUUGCCCACAACUCCAUUUGGGAAAAAAAAAUAAGAAGCUCUCCUACUAAAACAAUUGAAAAUCACUCUUUUUCAUGAAAGAUGCAGAGGUUCUAAAGACCAGGAGUUAAGCAACAAGAGUUCUGUAUACCAGCCUGUUCUCUGGGGUGGUGGGGUAGGGGGAGUAUCUAAAAAGGACAACUUGUGAUUGGUAUGCCGUUCCUUUAGGGACAAAGGACAGCAGCGGGUAUAACCAUCGCAGGUUGAUCAUUAGACUAAAUAAAUAUUUCUGUGAUCUUCAGAAAGACCCCUGUGGCACUGAAGACCCUCUAGAAGUCCCUCCCUUUGUGUAUUUUAAGCUUCUUAUACACAGGUCUAUGGACUUGAACACACUUAAAGAUGGCCAAAUGCAAAUUCCCCCAGACCAGAUGCUGGGGCAAAGUUCCAUGUCCGAGUGAACUAAGGAAGUGCUGGGGAAAUGCUGCUCUGCCUGUGUAGAUUAUAACUCCCAAGUUUGUCCCCACAAGAACAAGGAAGCCGUGCUUUCAAGACCUUGGCCAAGGAGUCCUUGGUCCAGAACUGUGCUGGGAUUUACAGCUUGGCAUUUACAGCCUUCAGCAAAAGAAGCAAGGAAGCCCCAGAAGCUGUUAGGGUAUCCCCAGAUAAAACAUGGGGUGCAGGACCUUUUAUAUAUAGGCAUACAAGCCAUGCUACAGAUAUAGAAAUGGUAAAAAGAAUCUAUAGGUCUGAGUGAAUUACUCACCAAGCUCACCUUGGUCUUAAAUCUUCUCCAAGUUCCUGUGCCCCCUCUGAGUGCACAAGCACGCCAUGUUCUUUAUUCUUUAGUGCACAUGGUGGGAAGAAGUACGUGUAAGAGGCUUCAUGUGAAUCAUGGUAUAUAUUUUAAACUUUAUUUCGUUUUUGUUUUCAUUAUGAUUGUCUGUCUUUCAGCAAGUGCCUCUACCCACAGAGCCAUCUCACCAGCCCCAUGCCUUCUUAAAUAUACUUUUGUCAUUUUAGUUUGAUUGGUGAAAUGUCCAUCUAGCACCGGGCUUGGACUUAAUCAUUUUGGAAGAGGGGACCAUGGACAUCAAAGCAUACUUUGAAAGAAUUGGUUAUCAGAACUCCAGGAACAAACUGGACUUACAAACAUUAACUGAAAUCCUUCAGCACCAGAUACAAGCUAUUCCCUUUGAGAACUUGAACAUCCAUUGUGGGGAAUCCAUGGAGCUGAACUUAGAGACCAUCUUUGAUCAAAUUGUGAGGAAGAAGAGGGGUGGGUGGUGUCUCCAGGUUAAUCAUCUCCUGUACUGGGCUCUGACCAAAAUGGGUUUUGAAACCACAAUGUUGGGAGGAUAUGUCUUUAACACUCCAGCUAAUAAGUACAGCAGUGGUAUGAUUCACCUUCUAGUACAGGUGACCAUCGGUGACAAGGACUACAUUGUUGAUGCUGGGUUUGGACGUUCCUACCAGAUGUGGGAGCCUCUGGAAUUAGCAUCAGGGAAGGAUCAACCUCAGGUGCCUGCCAUUUUUCGCCUGACAGAAGAAAAUGGAACCUGGUACUUGGACCAAAUCAGAAGAGAGCAGUAUGUCCCAAACCAAGAAUUUGUUAACUCAGAUCUCCUUGAGAAAAACAAAUACAGAAAAAUCUAUUCUUUUACUCUUGAACCCCGCACUAUUGAGGACUUUGAGUCCAUGAAUACCUACCUUCAGACAUCGCCAGCAUCUGUGUUUACAAGCAAAUCAUUUUGUUCCUUGCAAACCCCAGAAGGGGUUCACUGUUUGGUGGGUUCCACCCUCACUUAUAGGAGAUUCAGUUAUAAGGACAAUGUAGAUCUUGUCGAAUUUAAGAGUCUGGAGGAGGAAGAAAUAGAAGACAUACUGAAAACUAUAUUUGGUGUUUCUUUAGAGAGAAAACUUGUGCCCAGGCAUGGUGAUAAAUUUUUUACUAUUUAGAAUAAGCAGCAGUACAAGUUUUCAGUGUCCCUCCAUGUACUUGGACUUUUUAUGAUAAAUUUUCAAGCAGAUGUAUAGUAUAUGUAAUUGUAUGAGCCUUUUUGCAUUCAUACCCUAGCUUACCAGUUACUGGUAACUAGUAAUUUGUUGUAUCCUCUCUACUCCUAUAUUUUAAAUAGCAAUAAUUGCAUCUUGGAUAAACCUCAUUGGCUAUGAUACUGCCACUGUGCAAAGCUCUACUCCUGUAUUUUAAUAAAAGAAAACUAGACAUUUCAUUCAUAAAAUAUCAGCAUUUCUGGUUAUAUGGCUUUUGAAUGAAACAUAGCUAGAAAUCAGCCAUUCAAAGAGUACUUUACUGAUUACAUGGACACACUGGUGACCAUGCGAUGUGUACAAGAAAACACCCAACACUGGCUUACUGCUAAAUUCACAUGGAAUUUGUGGUAAUAGUUGAAUAAAAGAAAUAGUGAGAAAAACAUUCCCAUUAAAUUCAACCAGCAUGAAUCCAAUAUCUAAUUUUUAUGAGAUAUUAUCUGUAUAAUUCAGGAUUUGUAUGUAGCAAAGAAGAAUGAAAACUAAUGUUGGUUCCCAAUAACUAUAUAGUCUUCAGUAUCUGACUUAUCCCAACACCUAGGGAGAUGUGAUUAGGACCAAAGAGAACCAGUCACACAGCUAAUGAUUUCCUUCUGUGUUGUUUUUGUAUCCAGUUCUUUUUAUACUCUUCUUACUGUGGGAACAAACACCAGUAUUUAGAAAUGUGAGCUUCUGUAUUUUAAAAAUGUAAGUCUAAAAUAAUAUAAAUGAUGAACUAUCUAUGUCAAACAUUUCAAAGAGGUAUAUUAAAACACGUUGACUAAUGUA